UCUCUACUGUCUCCCUCUCUUUCCCCCCUGUAGUCUGUAGUGUACUUUGCACUUGCCGAAUCGACUCCAUUGACGCCACGCCACGCUACAUAUAAGUGGCGUCUGCCGUGCGGUGCCUCUCCUCCCUCCCUCGUCCUCGUCCUCGCGCAGGCGCAGCUCUUCACUCUGCUCGCGCGCCUCGCCUCGGUGGGUGCAAACGCGCACGGAGACAGAGCGAACCAGCACCGGGCUCUGCCUGCCAUGUCGAUCACCACCCUGCAGCUUCUUCCGUGGCCGCCGGAGCCAGCGCGCGCCGCCGUGCUGCCGCCCCUGCUGCUCGCGGCGGCGGCGGCGGUCGUCGUCUGCCUGUGGGCGCUGCUGUCCCGCAGGCUCAUCAGCAGGGAGCGGGCCGCCGGAGGGAAGGAGCAGGCGGUCCCGGCACGGCUCCCGCCUGGCAGCUUCGGGUGGCCGGUCGUCGGCGAGACGCUGGAGUUCGUGUCCUGCGCCUACUCCUCCCGCCCGGAGGCCUUCGUCGACAAGCGCCGCCUGCUGCACGGGAGCGCGGUGUUCCGGUCGCACCUGUUCGGCUCGGCGACGGUGGUGACGUCGGACGCGGAGGUGAGCCGGUUCGUGCUGCAGAGCGACGCGCGCGCCUUCGUGCCCUGGUACCCGCGCUCGCUGACGGAGCUCAUGGGCAAGUCCUCCAUCCUGCUCAUCAACGGCAGCCUGCAGCGGCGCGUGCACGGCCUCGUCGGCGCCUUCUUCAAGUCGCCGCAGCUCAAGGCGCAGGUCACCGCCGACAUGCAGCGGCGACUCGCGCCCGCGCUCGACGCCUGGCGGGCCAGAGGCCCCGCCGCGCCGCCGCUCCGCAUCCAGGACCACGCCAAGACGAUCGUGUUCGAGAUCCUGGUGAAGGGUCUGAUCGGGCUGGAGGCAGGCCCGGAGAUGCAGCAGCUCAAGCACCAGUUCCAGGAAUUCAUUGUCGGCCUCAUGUCCCUCCCCAUCAAGCUGCCGGGGACUAGGCUCUACAGGUCCCUCCAGGCCAAGAAGAGGAUGGCCAGGCUGAUACAGGGGAUCAUACAGGAGAAGAGGCGGCGGCUUGACGACGGCGGCAAGGGCGAGCCCGGCCCCCCGCGCGACGCCAUCGACGUGCUCAUAAGCGGCGGCAGCGACGAGCUCACCGACGACCUCAUCUCCGACAACAUGAUCGACCUGAUGAUCCCCGCCGAGGACUCUGUGCCCGUGCUCAUCACGCUCGCCGUCAAGUAUCUCAGCGAGUGCCCGCUUGCUCUGCAACAGCUCGAGGAGGAGAACAUGCAGCUCAAAAGGCGAAAAACCGACAUGGGAGAGACCUUGCAGUGGACAGACUACAUGUCACUGUCAUUCACACAACAUGUGAUAACAGAGACACUGCGGAUGGGCAAUAUCAUCAACGGAAUCAUGCGCAAGGCGGUGCGGGACGUUGAGGUGAAAGGGCACCUCAUCCCCAAAGGUUGGUGCGUGUUCGUGUACUUCCGGUCGGUCCACCUUGACGACAAGCGCUACGAUGAGCCCUACAGGUUCAAUCCAUGGAGGUGGAAGGAGAAGGACACGAGCACCAGCAGCUUCACCCCUUUUGGUGGUGGGCAGAGGCUGUGCCCAGGCCUGGAUCUGGCCAGGCUGGAAGCUUCCAUCUUUCUCCAUCACUUGGUGACCAGCUUCAGGUGGGUGGCGGAGGAGGACCACAUCGUCAACUUCCCAACCGUGCGGCUGAAGCGAGGCAUGCCCAUCAGGCUCACCAGCAAAGACUAGCUACACCAGGCCUGUGCAUGCAUGCAUAUAUAUAUUUCUGCAGUCACACAUCAUAUGCAGCGGCUCAGCAACUUUCUACACAAGCAUUAUAUAUAUAAAUAUAUAUACACUAUGAUUAUAUACAUAUAGCAACAAUGGAGCAGCCAGGAGGACUCUCGAAGAACCAUGCAUGGCAGAAAAAGGCGCGUCUACAAAAACUGAUCGUGUUCGAUGGGUCGUCCUGCCGAAAUGUGCUGCUGCUCCACAUUGCUAUAUGCAUAUAUAAAUAUUGGAUUGGAUGUGGAGGAACGUGUACAGAAGAGAGGAAGCAGAGGAUUGGAGGUAGGCAGAUUGAAUCGACCGGGAAGAGUAUCACACUACUAUACGACGAGUAAUCAGUAGUAGUAAUAUGCGUAAGAGGAGUAUUAGUGUGGUAGUAUUCACUUAUACUACUAGGCAAUGCAAUAGGCAUGCAUGCAUGACCCAUCAUGCAUGUGGUCAUGGAUAGGCCUUUGAUGUUAUUAUAGAUGAGUACUAUUAUUAUAUACUAGUAUGUCACAAGGGAUUGGGAUUUGGGAUGAUGCUCCACAAUCCCAUGUAAAAUGAAAAUGAAUUAAAGAUUGUUAAGUGGUGGUGGGAUUGUGCUCAAAGGAUUGGCCGGGUCCCAGUGUCUA